CCCGAUAGCAUAGACCCAGCAACAUAAACGGACACACCCGCUCAAAAUAAAAGAUGAAAGCGAGCGCAAUUUCACCCAACAGUGAUUGCUCUCCCUCCACUCUCUCUCUCUCUCGCUCGCUCGCUUGCGGUCUUUCUUCUUCAUAACCUCCCUCCUUAGAGGUUAACAUUGUGUUGUACGGGAAAAGAAGAUGAUGCAGCAGCAGAGGUUGAAGCAGCAGCAAGCACUGAUGCAGCAAUCGCUUUACCAUCCGGGUCUUCUAGCACCUCCUCAGAUAGAGCCUAUCUUAAGUGGAAACUUGCCUCCUGGAUUUGAUUCAAGUUCUUGCCGCAGUGUCUAUGUUGGCAAUAUUCACCCACAAGUUACAGAACUUCUUCUUCAAGAGGUUUUCUCUAGUGCUGGUCCUCUUGAAGGUUGCAAGCUUAUUCGAAAAGACAAGUCAUCGUAUGGUUUUGUGGACUACUUUGAUCGUCAAUCAGCUGCCCUUUCUAUUUUGACCCUUAAUGGGAGGAAUUUGUUUGGACAGCCUAUAAAAGUUAACUGGGCAUAUGCUGGUAUUCAGAGGGAGGCCACAUCAACACAUUUCAACAUUUUCGUCGGUGAUCUUAGCCCAGAGGUUACGGAUGCUACCUUAUUUGCAUGCUUCUCUAUGUAUCCUACUUGCUCAGAUGCAAGGGUCAUGUGGGAUCAGAAGACUGGCCGUUCCAGGGGUUUCGGUUUUGUAUCUUUCCGCAAUAAGCUGGAUGCUCAAAGUGCAAUUAAUGAUAUGAAUGGGAAGUGGCUUGGAACAAGGCAAAUUCGUUGCAAUUGGGCUACAAAAGGUGCUGGUUUAGGCGAUGACCAGCAGAGUUCCGAUUCAAAAAACAUUGUGGAAUUAACAAACGGAUCAUCAGAGGAUGGUCAAGAAAAGAGGAAAGAAGAUGGUCCAGAAAAUAAUCCGCAGUAUACUACCGUCUAUGUUGGCAAUCUUGCCCCUGAAGUCACAUUAGUUGAUCUCCAUCGUCAUUUCCAUGCACUUGGAGCUGGAACAAUUGAAGAUGUCCGUAUUCAACGAGACAAAGGAUUUGGCUUCAUAAGGUACAGCAGCCAUGCUGAAGCAGCUCAUGCCAUCAAGAUCGGAAAUGCCCGAAUCUUUUUUGGCAAACCAAUUAAGUGCUCAUGGGGUAGUAAGCCUACUCCCCCAGGAACCAGUUCUGCCCCUUUACCUCCACCAGCCGCAGCUCAUAUGCCAGGUUUGUCAGCCGCUGAUCUUGCUGCAUAUGGAAGGCAGCUUGCUUUGAGUAAACUUGGUGCUCAACCUCUUAUAUAUCCACAAGGUCAGCGUCUUGGUACUGCUACUCAGGCAAUAUAUGAUGGUGGAUUUUCGAGCAUCACCACAAGCCAGCCACCUAUGUAUUACCAGUAAUAUAGAAACUCAGUGCUGCUUUGCAGGCUGGGAUUAAGUUUUAUCUUUUCUUCAUCUGUUACUGCAUUUGUUUUCUGUUCCUUUUACUAUGUCCCCUCUGUAGUUCCCGCUUGUAUGGGAAAUAGCUUGUGUCAUAGUUUUUCAACUGGGGAGUAUGAAAAUGACAAUGACUUACCUACUGCAGUUCUGUAAAUGGAUGAGCGAAAUUCUGUUUGUGGAGGUUCCUAUGUGCCUUCCAACCAGAACGCUGGUAUCAUUAUGAAGUUCUUUAAUUUUCUUGCAACUUAUCGUUUCUCGAUGGUCCUAAACUUUCUACCCUUGGUAGAAUGCUAUUAUCAUUGUGUCGUUGUUAAUGUGUGUGUUACCCCCAUUGUAGUUGAGUAU